AUGUCGAACGUGGAGAACGUAUGCCCGCAGGUGUUGCGCGGCGUGGUACGUGAAGUGCGUCGCCUGGCAGCUAACCCGCCUGCCGGCAUCAAGGUUGUGCUCCGCGACGACGACCUCACCGACGUCAUUGCACUUAUUGACGGCCCGGCGGACACGCCGUACGCGGGCGGCGUGUUCCGCGUGCGGCUGGCGCUGGGGCGCGAGUUCCCGGCGGCGCCGCCGCGCGCGUUCUUCCUGACGAAGAUCUUCCACCCGAACGUGUCGGCGGCGGGCGAGGUGUGCGUGAACACGCUGAAGCGCGACUGGCGCGCCGAGCUGGGGCUGGCGCACGCGCUGCUGGCCGUGCGCUGCCUGCUCAUCGCGCCCAACGCCGACUCCGCGCUCAACGCCGAGGCGGCGGCGCUGCUGCGCGACCGCUACGACGACUACUUCGCGCGCGCCAAGCUCUACACCGACAUACACGCGCGUCCCGACCGCCUCGACCGACCGCAAACCGCUCACACGCGCGCACAGGAGGAGCGCGGCGCGGAGGGAGAGUUGGAGGGCGAGGGUGGGGCGGGGCGCGAGGCGGGCGAGGGUGGCGAGGGGCGCGAGGGGGCGGGCGGGGCGCCGCGCGCCAAGCGCGAGCGGCGGGCGGCGGGCGCGCGCGAGCGGCGCCGCAUCCUCAAGCGGUUAUAA